CAAAAUCCAUGCCGUGCGCACAGCUUCCUCCGAUUCCUUCCGUGCUCGCUCCUUCGUCCCCAGUUCCCUCCACGCGGCCGGGCGGCGACGCGUCCCAUCGGUCUCGCUCCGUCGCUCGCACCCAUCUCCCCUGACCUGCUUGCUGCCGUCGCGCGGUCCAACAUUCUUGCCUUGCCCAUCUGCUACCCACCACCGCGGGCCAACUCUACUCUUCCCCAUCGGGCGCAGUCGACUUUCGAGUGGUGGCUCUCCUCCAUAUCAUAUCCCUCGUGGCGAGUGGUGGCCACCGAUCCGCGGAGCGCGCGCCGUACGUGAAGACAUGAGGCUCGGGAUCGCCGGCAGGAGAGCCGCCUCCGACGACGCCGAUCCGCGGGCUGCUACUUCGGCGGCGGCGGCGGCUGACGGGUUCCAAUCCGAUCCUUUCGCCAGGGACGCGGAUGGCGCCGGGGCGAUGACCGCCGCAGGCGCAGGCGGCCCGGCGGAUCACCACCGGGACGGCACGGAGACCGGAAGCAAAGAUGAGUCGUUCUUCGAAGCAAGGCCCUGGUUAGAUUCCGACACCGAAGAUGAUUUUUACAGCGUCAGGGGAGAUUUCACGCCAUCACGAAGCAGCACCCCGGAUCAUCCGAGACCGAUAACAUCCUUCAGUGGGCGGAUGCCGGUAGACAUAUCGAAGCCUUCUCUGGUUCAGAAGAAGCAGAGACUUCUUGAGCUUCUUCAGGAGAAGCAGCAUUAUGACGACGACGACGACAGCGUCAACGAUGGCAGUAGUGACUUGGAUAAUGGCGAUGGCGCUGUUCAUGCGGAGGAACACGUGAAGUCUUCUCGCAAAGGCAAGAAAUCGAAGAAGUCAUCAAGGUCAGGCUGCUUCCCAAGCUUAAUCUGGAAGCAUAGCUUCACAAGCCGCAGGAAGGAGAGAAAAGAGCAUAAGGACAAAGUAAACUAGCAUUAUGAUGUCGAAUAUUAUGACUUUGUAGAAAAGAAAUUAAGUUUCUAAUAUAUAGGCCACAAAGGGGUGGUACAUAUAUAUUCCUUUUCA